AUGGCUUUCUGUGGACCUUCUUGUGCUGUGCCAUCUUGUGCCUCUGCCCCAGCUGUUGGCUUUGGAUCAGCUGGUUCCAGAGGUCUCGGCUAUGGAGGUCUCGGCUAUGGAGGUCUCGGCUAUGGUUUGGGCUACGGCUACGGAGCUGGGGCCUUGGCCGAAUCCUCAGGAAGCCUGGGCACCCUGGCCGGAGUCAUCCCCAAACCCAUCAACCAGGUCCCAGCCUCCGAGGUGACCAUCCAGCCCCCUGCAGUUGUGAUCACCCUCCCUGGUGCCAUCCUGUCCGCCAGCUGUGAGCCCGUCGCCGUCGGAGGCUACAACCCAUGUGCCCCUGGAGGUAUCGGAGGCUUGGGUGCUGGCUACCUCGGAGGCCGCCUGGGGCGUCUCGGUCGCCGUGGCAGCAUCUGCAAUCCUUGCAGCCUCCCCUGUUAA